GUACUGUUUGCUGUUGAAUCGAAGAGAAUCGUUUUGUUUGUUGCCUUCUAGAACCGCAAUGGCGAAGGGACAAGCGGCGAGGCUGUCGACAGGACUUUAAAGGGCCAAGCGUGUCUAUGACCGACAAGGACUGGGCCGACACAAAGGGUUCAAGUAUGAGUCCUGGAGAAGAAAGGCGGGAUGCGGGAUUGGGUAAUUGGGCCCUUUUGGGCAAAAGACUGAGACGGGGAGCUGGAAAGACGGUGGGAUGGGAUUUCAAUCUGGGGUCCAGUGCAGGUCGCCGACAACGAAUACCCCAGGGCAGCGUGUCCAGUCAUAGCAGUCCAGCCCAUUCAGGGCUGACGGUAUCGCCUGCGAGAAUGGCGGAAUGCAAGGCGCAACAGCCGGGACCCACUCCAGGGUCUCCAGCUUGCCACACUGGCUGCGACAGGCACGACUGGCACGUUCUCGGCACUGCAGCCGAGGUGCCAGGUGCAACGGGAAGACUGGCCGGGGGACGACGGACGGGACGGCAUCGACGGAAGCGCGGCCGUUUCUUUUUCUGUCUGACGUUUUGUACAUGUUUCCCAUUCAUGUCUUGCCCUUCCAGGCGGACAAAGAAGUCCCUGGCGAGAACCUCAUGUCCUAACAAUUCAGCUGGCCAGGGUUCCAUGUCUCUUGAUUCUAGGUAGCCGCCAUCACUGGAGAUACAUGUCUCUUUUCUGCUGUCCAAACAUAGGCAGAAAAUUAAUACCCGAGUCACAAACAUUGCGACACCCUCCGGAGCAAAUGGGUGCUCAACUCCGUGGCUGUCUCGCUUGUUUGCAACGGGACCAUCGUACACAAUCACACCAGCUCAUUGUUCCUGACAAUGGGAAGAUCUUGUUUCAUGUCAGCUACCCGGAUCAGUUGCCUACUGCUCAACAAACAUCAGACAUCUCUAGUAAAAAUUCACCAUUCAAAGACCUUAUGCAUGCGACUUGUACCGAACUGACGAGUAGUCACGAUGCAGUCGAC